AUGUCAGUAACGUCUAAGGAUGAUAUCGACGGAAUUCUAAAGUUUGUUGCUGAUUGCAAUGGUAAGUUUGAAGAUUCCAAAUGUGACAUAAGAGAAUCAGCUCUUGGCGGCUUGGGAGUCUUUGCCAAGACUGACAUUGCCAAGGGCGAGGCGAUACUGUCGUUGAAUAAGUCCUCAAUUUUUUCUGCAUCGAACAGUUCCAUUGCGAACUUGUUGUGUGACAAUGAUAUUGAUGGGAUGUUAGCAUUAAACAUUGCAUUUAUUUAUGAAACCACAGUUUUCAAAAACACAAGCCAUUGGUUUCUCUUUCUGCGCACCAUCCGGUUUCAAGAUGACCAAGGACAUCUGAAUCUGCCGCCAAGCUUUUGGAAUGCAAACGGAAAACGACUUUUGAAGGGCACCAGCUUUGAUACCUUGUUUGAUGCUUUGACGCCAGAGGAAGAAAUUGUACAAGGAUUUGAAAUUGCCGUGGACUUGGCGCAUAAAUGGAAUGAAGAAUUCGGGUUGGAAAUACCUGAAGAUUUCCUCGGUGUUGACGAAAAGAAUCAUGAAAAGGAUUUCAAUUUGAAGCUAGAAAGGUUCAUCUCCGUGGCGUAUACGUUAUCGUCAAGAGGUUUUGAAAUUGAUGCCUUCCAUGAAACGGGCCUGGUACCCAUUGCAGACCUGUUCAAUCACCAUGUUUCCAAUCCUGACUUGAAAUUUGUAUCAUUGUAUGAUGUUUGUGACAAGUGUGGUGAAUCUGGUAUGUGCAAACAUCUAUUAGCGGAGGAAUAUUUGGAAGCGCAAGAACAAGAACAAGAACAAGAACAAGAACAAGAACACUGUGCACCCGUUGCAGCCACUGUGGCAACUCGUACCAUUGACGAUGAAUUGCUGGAUAGAUUAGAAAAUAAUAAAGAGGACGAAAGUUCCAAUAAGGAUACAGAUUCAGAAGACGAAGAUAACGGUGCAGAAAACGCCGACGAGUGUGUUGAUCUGGUACUAAAGAACGAUGUGAGGCAAAACCAAGAAAUCUUCAAUUCAUAUGGCGAACUGUCGAACGUCUUUUUAUUGGCUAGAUAUGGGUUUGCCGUACCUGGAAACCAGCAUGAUAUUGUUCAUUUAGGACCAGACUUCAUGAAGAUUUUGAGGGAAGGGGACAAACAUCAAGAAAAAGUUAAGUGGUGGAGUCAAGUGGGGCAUGGCCUGUUUUCAGCAUGGUAUGUACAAAUGCGUCAGGAAGAUGAAGAAAACGAAGAAAACGAAGAAAACGAGAAACAAUCGGAUGACUUGCCUGAAGAAACAGGAAGUGAGGAGGAGGAAGAAGAAGGUGGAAGUGAGGAGGAAGGGGAUGAUGAUGGUCUGAAUUCGUGGCUUUCCCAGCUUUACAUAUCUUUUAACGGUGAGCUUUCACCUUCUGCCUGGGCUCUAGCCAAUCUUCUAACCCUGACAGGCGCUCAAUGGGAGUCAUUAUUUUCCCAAAAGGCCAGUCCUCACAUUAGUGACUCUAUUGUUAACGAGGAAAAACUGCCCUUCUUGGCCAAGACCAACAAUCUACAUGCCAAGAGAUUGCUCUCCAGGUUACUGAAGGACAAACAAUUAUCCAAUGUGAAGGGCGGUCAAGUACCACAUGGAACAGGUGUUCCUGGUAAAAUGCUUCAGAAUGCCCAAAUUCUUGUGCAAUCUGAGCACAGGAUCCUAGAAAGAUGUCUUGAAAGACUAUCCUAA